AUGGCCAAGCUUUCAAGUGCAAUUGAUGAUUUUGGGCGUUUACUUUUGAGUAAGCUGGAAGCGGAAAAUGCCGGCACCUCAAGGAAUCUGCAAGUUUCGCCAUUCGGCGUUGUCACAGUGUUGUCAAUGCUGUCGAGCGGCAGUGCAACUGAAACACUAGAGGAAAUCUGCAAAACACUUCAGUUUGAUCAUAAGAAGCUAGAAUCCGAUGUUUAUGCGGCAUUUGAUGAAGCACUAAAGGCAUUGCAACAACUAAAAUCCGGUGCAAACAAUGAGCUGCUAGUGGCCAAUGCAAUAGUCAUUCAAAACAACUUCCCAGUUUUACCUAGCUUUUUAAAAGUAAUCGAACAGUUCAACUCAAAGCUCCAGAAUGUUGACUUUGAGAGCAGUGGCAAACAUGCUGUUGAAGAAAUUAACGGCUGGGUAAACGAGAAGACGCGUGGAAAAAUUGAAAAGCUUUUUGAUAAUGAGCUCACACCAAACACCCGAAUGGUACUACUUAAUGCCAUCUACUUCAAGGGAAAGUGGAUGUUUCCAUUUGACGAAAAGAAUACCAGACCAGAGCCGUUCUAUUACAGCAGCAGUGAAUCAGUGGAGGUGCCAAUGAUGUAUUUGAAACGCAACUUCAAAUUCGGCAGCUUUGAUGGAGCAGGAGAAGUUGUGGAGAUUCCCUAUGAGGGUGAAGACUUGUACAUGUUGAUAUUCCUUCCUGUCCUCGACUGGACCAAUAACAGCAGGAGCAUCAGUGAACAGUUUAGCGAUUUGAUAAACAACAGCGGCNAGAAUACCAGACCAGAGCCGUUCUAUUACAGCAGCAGUGAAUCAGUGGAGGUGCCAAUGAUGUAUUUGAAACGCAACUUCAAAUUCGGCAGCUUUGAUGGAGCAGGCGAAGUUGUGGAGAUUCCUUAUGAGGGCGAAGACUUGUACAUGUUGAUAUUCCUUCCUGUCCUCGACUGGACCAAUAACAGCAGGAGCAUCAGUGAACAGUUUAGCGAUUUGAUAAACAACAGCGGCACAGCGUUCCAAAGCACACUCAGACCACUGACGCUAGAGCUGCACCUGCCCCGGUUCACCAUUCAGUGCAACUUGUCACUGAGCAGCAGCCUGCAACAGCUGGGCAUCAAAGCCGCCUUCAGCCCCGCUGACGCCGACUUUAGUCGCAUUAACAACGACAAUGGUAAUCUAUUCCUCGCCGAUGUGGUCCACAAGACGAUGAUCGAGGUGAAUGAGGAGGGCUCGGUGGCGGCGGCUGUCACCGGCGCAGUGCUCACCAAACGCUGCCUGCCCUCUCAACUGCUGCUCAAUCGGCCCUUCCUCUAUGCCAUUCGACACCGGCCCACCGACCUGACGCUCUUCUUGGGCGUCCUCAGUAAACCGUGA